AUGAGUGCUUUGCGAAGUGCACAUCGUGGAGACCGUGUGCAGCAUGCAGGUGAUGGAGAGACCAUGAUGCAAACUGCUCCCACUUUGGGCAGCGGAAAUCUGCACGACGUUGUACGGCUACCUGCUGGAGAAGAUAUUAACGAAUGGCUCGCUGUCAAUAUAAUGGACGUUUUCAACCAAGUUCGAAUGUUGUAUGGCACGAUUACGGAUCAGUGCACAAACGAAAAUUGCCCACAAAUGACAGCUGGACCAUCAUACGAGUAUUUCUGGACAGAAAAUGAGAGGAUAAUUCCUACUUCUGCUCCUGUCUACAUCGACUACAUUAUGACUUGGAUUCAAGACCAGCUUGACGAUGAAAAUGUCUUUCCGUCCCAAGUCGGUCGCUCCUUUCCCCGCAAUUAUAUGGAGGUGUGUGAAGGAAUAAUGCGACGACUUUUCCGAAUAUACGCUCAUGUCUAUGCUGCUCAUUCCGCACGUUUCGCUGAACUGAACGCCACCCCUCAUCUGAAUACAUCCUUCAAGCAGUUCAUACUUUUUGCUCAACAGUUCCAGCUCAUCCCUACACGAGAACUGGAGCCACUGCGCGCGAAAAUUGACGAGUUGAUUGGUACAAUAUGA